UGGAAAUCCACUGUCCACCCCCAAUUUAUAAUUCGGAUUGAACCCGACGCAGCGGAAUUUCCCUUGGGAGCACGUCCAUAGUGCCCCGGUUGACGUCUUCUACCUUGCAUCCAACCCGGCAUGGUGCUAAAUCCACAUGACUGAGCUUCGCUGUACAAGGAGGGGUAGUUUCCUGCUCGUGUUACCUGACGUGCUCGAUCAUGACGUUUGGAAUACCGCUAUUUCCUCUGCUCUCUCCUGACCAGGGGCUGAAAUGGAAUUCCAAGGUGUCAUGCGGCUCGGGAGUCGGGGCUCGGGACUUCUCGACGAUUCUACCUACCUACAUACCUUCCUUAUCUCUUGGGGAUAUUUUACUCAUCUCGGUUGUUCUUUAUUUUGGUCGUCUCAUGCAUAGCGGCUACGGGGGUCGGGGCAAAUCGAUGUCUUCACUGAUCUCUGUUCUUUUUCUUUCUUUUCUCUCUUUCGUUACGACUGCAUACGACUGCAUGGCUCAUAGGCCCCCACCAGGGGAAUCAUCGUCGAUCCGCGAAGGCCCAAGACCUCGGACACCUACUCCUGGCAAUGCAGCUUCACCCUCACAUUCCCCUCAUUUUGCCCCUUGUCACUUUUCCUUUUUACACGACACACCCGCCUUCCAGGCACACACAGGUUGAUGGCUUUCGGCGUUAGCAUUUCAAGGGGGGACGGAUGGGAUCAUCAUAGCAGGAGCAUUAUUCUGGGAACAUCGAUUUGGGAACCAUGGAUCCGCCGGUAUGUGUUUUGGACACGGCGCUGCAUCCAUUCAUCCACCCAUUGGCCCGCGCGCCUGGGCGGCGGUACUGAGGCGUUUUUUUUUUUGGGAAAACUUGGGCUUUGUUUUUAUUCCCCCUCGAU